AUGAUGCCAACUUGCCUCAAAGAAAGAAACUCCACGCGGCGCGCGUCGCUCAGGCAGCAGAUCAAGCACAUCUUGAACCUGUCACCACAUCAGAUGAAUCGCCACCAUCCAUCUGCGUCGCAAUCCCAACCAAAUGGCCCGCGCUUCGCCCUCUUUCCCCCUCCACUCUACAUCCUCCUCCUCUCGCUCCUCCUGCACCAUGCGCUCAUAUCCUCUUCCAACGCUUUCCCUGAUCUCCCCCCGCUUGCCCGUGGAGCCCCUGUCGCCCGCCACCCUUCGUCGACCGCCACCGAAGCAUCUAGGCACCUUCCUCUAGAAGCAGACCAAAUACAGGUUUUAGAUGCUUCCCCGUCUUCCGUUCCCCCCAUCAGCGCCGCCAUUGCAGGUCGUGCUACACCCACAGCCGCACCGGUAGCCGCCGUUCCAGCGACCAAUCCCGCCGCAAAAGAAGGGGCGGUUGCGAUUCAGUCAGACGGCUCUCGUACUGCCGAGAAUCCUUCUCAAGUUCCGAUUCCGCAGUUGCCGCCGCAGACCAGUGCGGCGCCGUGGGUACUGCCUCCGCAUAUAGCCAACGCGAAGGCUGGCGAAGUGGUCCGCGCUGCGGGGAAUGAGGGAGGGGAGGCGGGAGAUGCAGCAGCAGUGGCGGGGAAGAGCGUGCCUAUGGUGCCGAUGGUGCCGAUAGUGCCAGAGAUGUCGUCGAGCGAGCGAUGGGUGCGCGACGCCCUGGUCGCCGUGCGACAGUACCUCAUCCUGCCCGACGGCAAGAAGUGGCCGCCCUUCGAGCCGAACGCCAAGGUGGCGGCGGCGUCGGUGCUGAGCGUGGUGGGCGCGGCGCUGGCGAACGCGGGCGGCGUGGGCGGCGGCGGGCUGUUCGUGCCGCUCUUCAACCUUCUGCUGGGCUACGACGCCAAAACGUCCACCGCGCUCUCGAAAUCGAUGAUUAUGGGCGGCGCCAUAGCGAGUGCGUGUUUCAAUGCGGGUCUGCGGCACCCCACCAACAACCACCGCUCUCUCAUCGACUUCUCGAUCGCGCGGCUGAUGCAGCCGAUGCUGCUGCUGGGCAUCAGCAUCGGCGUGAUGUGUAACGUCGUCUUCCCGCCAUGGCUCAUCACCGUCAUGCUCUGCGUCCUCCUCUCCUUCAUGACGUACAAGACCCUGGGCAAGGGCAUUGCCACGUGGAGGAAGGAGUCGCGCGUCAAUCCGGCGCUCUCCCGAACAUCAUCCGUGUCAUCUCAUACCUCCCGCCGCCCAACCACACCUGGUACGCCCUGCACGCCCCACUCCCCGCACGCCCACUCCCCGCACGUCCCACUCCCCGCACGCCCCACUCCCCGCACGUCCCACUCCCCGCACGUCCCACUCCCCGCACGUCCCACUCCCCGCACGCCCCACUCCCCGCACGCCCCACUCCUCGCACUCUCUCAUUUGCACAACCCACCAUUUGUUUUCACCUCCUCACCUCCACGAGGCCUCCUUUCUCCCGCAUGCAUCCCACUCCCCCCCUUCCCUUCCUCUCCAAACCUUGCCUUACUCCCUUCAGGCUACCGCGGCCCUCACACAGCAGCAGCAGCAGCAGCAGGGGGGGGUGGCAGGGCGGAGCAGCAGUACAGAAGCAACAGGCACAGCAGAGGCGACGCAUCGCCCUUCUCGCCUCUCCCCAACGGCCACUCGCACUCAUCAACUCUCUACAAGCCCCCACACUCGCACCACCACCACCACCACCACGAGUCUGCCUCCCUCAAGCCCACCAUGUCGCUCGACUCUGCCUUUGCUACCCGCUCCUUCGCUGCCGCCCCUCCGCCGUCCGCGCUGCUGUCGCACGCGUCCCUGCACUCGUACACGAGCCUGGACUCGGAGACAGCGUUGACCGUGCAUGACUUGGUUGACCCCACCAGCCUGCCUGCACCCGUGGAGGAGGAGGAGGGGCGGGGGGUGCAUGCGGUGGGGGAAAAGGGGCGAGAGGGGUCGCACGCGGGAGAUAGCUGUGGGGAGGGGCGAGAGGGAGAUGUGCCAGGAGGAGGAGGCGCGGAUGCUGCGGCAGAUGCGGUGGAGGAUGGGCGGGGAGGGGCGGGCUGUGCUGGGGCCGGUGGGGAUGGCAUUAGUGAUGGUGGUGCUGCUGCUGCUGCUGCUGCUGCUGCUUCGGGUGUUGCUGGUAGUGGUGGUGGGGAUGAUGAGUUACGGAAGCCACUGCUGGGCCGAUUGAGGGUGAACGAAGAUGGCGAGAGGCAAGCUGCCACGCCCCGCUCACAAUGCCAAGCGCAGGUCCCGCCAGCAGCAGCAGGAGGGCGGCGGCGGUGGCUGAUGGGAGGCCCGGACACAGUGGCAGUGGUGGAGAUGGUGGUGGUGUGGGCCUUCUUCCUCGUCGUGCAGGUCGUCAAGUCCUCCACGCCUGACUGCAGCAUGCAGUACUGGCUCCUCACUGCUACCCAGGUGCCGGUGGCGCUGUUUGCGACGCUGCUGACAGGGUGGAGGGCUCGAGGGCGCAAGCUGUGGUGGGAGCCCGUGGACACCUCCCGCGCCUACCUGCGCCUCUCCGCGCCCUCCACCCCCACCGCCGCCCAUGCUGCCCGCAUCCCCAACCACGCCGCCACCACCACCGGCGCUUCAGCUGCUGCGGGUGCAGCGGCUGCUCUGUCUGUGCCGGGGUCCCCAGUUCCCCCAGGCACUCCGCGCAGCAUGCAGCCUCGUUAUGACUUUGCGCGUGAGCUGACGUACCCGCUGGCGUCGCUGCUGGCGGGGUGCAUGGGCGGGCUGCUGGGCAUCGGAGGCGGCAUGGUCAUGGGACCCGUGCUGCUCGAACUCAACAUUCCACCACAGGUGACAUCAGCAACGUCCACGUUCAUAGUGGUGUUCUCCUCAUCGCUCUCCGUGGUGGAGUUUUACCUGCUGGGCCGCAUCCCCCUCAAGGUCGCCUCCUACUUCUGCCUGCUCGCCAUGGUCGCCGCCGUCUCAGGCCUCUCCAUAGUGCGCUCCAUUGUCAUCCGCUCCGGCAAGGCCUCCAUCAUCAUCUUUGCACUUGCUUCAGUCAUCGGCAGCAGCGCCAUUGUGCUGGGGGCUAUUGGCGGCCUGCAUGUGCUCAACGACUGGAAGCACGGCGAGUCCAUGGGCUUCCGCCCCCUCUGCAACCAGGUCUGGUGA